GCUCCAGCCACGGGGGCCCCGCCGCCGCCUGCGCCUUGGGGCGGCGCGGACCGCGCUUUCACGCCGCGGCGACCGCGGCUGCCGCGGCUGCCCGCGCGGUCCACGCAUGCGGCUGCCGCCCCCGCGGACGCGGCGCGGGUGCCUCUUCUGCCUGUGCGCCGCCGCUCCGCUCGGAGGCGGGCGCGGCGUCCUCGAGGGCGCCUGCGGCGAGGGGUGGCAGCUCGAGGCCGUGGCCCGCGAGUGCGAGGCCGUCGCGGCGAGGCCCCGCGGCGCCGACGCGCCCGCCGCCGCCCCGAGCGCCCGUGGGCGGAGGCUGCGGGAGCGGCAGGGCGCGCCGAUCUCCGUCGAAGUGUUCUUCCUGGCGACGUGCCCGCGCUGCUACCACUUCGUCCACAACAGCCUGCUUCCCUUCCUCGACGCCGGGCUGCCCGGGGACGGGGUGGUGGUAACUCUGCUGCCGCUGCUGAAGGGCAUGUCGAGCUCCGACAGCUGCAGGAUCACGGACGCAUGCUCGCUGUCGCUGGCCCCGCUGUGCGCCCUGAAGGAGGCGCUCCCGAUGCCCGCCCCGGCGGACUCCGAGGCGCUGCGGAGGGGCGCUGGUUUCGUGGAGUGCGACCUAGGGCUCACGGCGAUGGUGUUGCUCGGCCGCGACGAGGAUGCCACCGAGACCUGCAGCAAGCAGGCCGGCAUCCCGUGGUCUGGCGAGGGCGGGCUGCAGGCGUGCUUCGAGGGCCGCGAGGCGUUCGACAUUAUGUACAGCACGGACUACGCCGACAGCGUCGUCGCGGCCAUGCACCGCCUCACCGACGCGAAGUUCACCGAGCCGCCGAGCAUGCCGUGGGUAUUUAUCGACGGCCAGCUGUUCACCUGCGAGGAGUCGGGCUCCUGUUCGUCGGCCCCCGGGUUCCAGAAGAGCGGCGAGCGGGACCAGGGGUCUGGCACCCUGCUGGAGCUCGUGUGCGGCAUGAUCGGCGACGGCCGCGGCCAGGAGCAGUGCGCCAAGGUGAAGAAGCCUCCGAAGAGCCACGCGGCCGAGGAGGACGUGCGCCCGCAGCCGGCGCAGAUCGCGCAGUGCGAGAGCUGCUUCGCGGUGGGCGGCCCCCGCUGGGGCCUGCUGCGCGGCCAGGGCGGCGCCGUGCUCGCGGCGCUGGCCCUGGCCGCCGCGGCGCUCGGCCUCGCGGCGGCUGCGGGCCUGGCGCUGAGGCUGGCCCGCAGGAGACCUCCGGCCGCCUCGGGGCCCACAGCCCCUGGCGCGGCGGCGGCCGCGCGAGAGGGCGCCACCCUCCUCGCCGAGAGCCAGCCCUCGCAGGCCGAGGGCUGCCGGGAGGGUCCGUGAGGCGGCCGAAGGCCCCCGCGGGGGAUUUGGCCAACUGUCCGUCCGGCACGCCCGGCCGCGCAGAGUCGCGCUGGGCGCAGAGGCCCAGCCUGAGGCGCAGAGCAGCGCGAGCGCCUGGCCUGGGGCCCAGGCGCCCUGGCGCGACGGCAGCGCGAGGGGAGGCGGGGGCGGAGAGGGCGGAGCAGAGAUUAAACCGCGGCGUGCAGCGCGCAGCGGCCGCGUGCACGCCGGCGGGAGGGCGGCCGCCGACGG